CAAGUUUUAACGACAGGGUAAAUCCGAGGAUAAUUACUUGAUUUUGUUAAGCCCUAAAGGAAUUGGACUAUAGGGAUAAUUUACUUUUUAACAUAAACAUAGCUUGAGACUUACGUUGUUAGUUUAUACGAUCUUCAUAUCUUAUUCUCAUUACCCUAAGUUGAGCAGUCUAUAAUGGCGUCUUUGAUGUUUACUGUUUCGACGUCUCCUCUCCUCCAUCCUAGCAUCCGCAACAAUGCUUUCAUGCCCCGCAGAUGCAUCGGCCACAUUCGUUUACACACCACUCCAUCUAUACGUGGCUGCACUCUCUCCAUUCGCUCCUCUUCUUCUCCGGAUGCUGGAUUUACCUGUAUUGAUGGAAAGAAAGAGGGAAAAAGUAUUAGUGAUGAAAUCAAAAUCGAAGUUUCAAGAAUGGAUGCAUCAAUCCAUGUGGUCCCUGGAUUAGCUGUAAUCCUCGUUGGGGACAGAGAAGACUCCGCAAGUUAUGUGAGGAACAAAAAGAAAGCUUGUGAAUCCGCUGGGAUUAAAUCGGUUGAUGUUUGUCUACCUGAAGAUUCCUCAGAGGAAGAGGUGUUGAAAUAUGUUUUAAGCUUCAACAAUGAUCCUACUAUCCAUGGAAUCCUUGUUCAGUUGCCUCUACCAUCGCAUUUGAAUGAACACAACAUUUUGAAAGCGAUUAAUCCAAAGAAAGACGUUGAUGGAUUUCACCCACAAAAUAUGGGACUUCUCGCCAUGCGGGGACGUGAACCCGAUUUUGUUCCGUGUACUCCAAAGGGAUGCAUCGAGUUAUUGCACAGAUACAACGUUGAGAUCGAAGGAAAAAGAGCUGUUGUUAUCGGAAGGAGUAACAUUGUUGGUAUGCCAGUUGCUCACUUACUACAGAAUGAGGAUGCAACUGUUACCACUAUCCAUUCAAAAACCAAGAACCCUGAAGAAAUCACACGGGAAGCUGAUAUCCUAAUCGCAGCGGCUGGGCAACCAAACAUGGUUAGAGGAAGCUGGAUAAAACCAGGAGCAGUCGUCAUUGAUGUUGGGAUUAAUCACAUUGAUGAUCUAAAUGCUCCACGUGGCCGUCGAGUGGUUGGGGACGUUUGCUAUGAGGAGGCUUGCAAAGUUGCAUCAGCCAUCACACCAGUUCCUGGUGGUGUAGGACCAAUGACCAUAGCGAUGCUUCUAUCCAACACUUUAACAUCGGCUAAGAGAAUCCACGAAUUCGAGUGACCUUUGAGGAAGAUUGAUGGCACUUUUUUUAAUUACCAGUUUUGCUCUUUUGGAUCCAAUAGUUUAUCUGGUCUUUUCAUAAAAUGCACCCCAACAGAGUUUUAGGUGGGAUAUAAAAUUUGUUAUUGUUUUACAUUUGUUUACUUCUUGUCUAUUUGUUUUUGUCAUUUGAUUCAGAACUAGUUUGAACUGAUCCUAAACUUAGAUUUUAAAUUACACCAUUAAUAACGAUGACUUAUUUUUGUUGGUAUCUAAAAGAAGGGCCAAAACCUUUUGGCUUGUUUAUAGAGUUGACAUAGUAUCCUACGCCAAACGACAGUAACUAGUAAGCAGCAGCUAUCUCGACUGCAUUUAGCUCUUGCCUAUCUCCAAGGACCUUGAGUGAAAUCAGAUACGAACCAAAAAUACGUUUGUUCUUCACUUUAUAGAGCAAAACUUGGAUCGUUGAGCUAUUCUACACCAUUAGUAUUGAUUUCUUGUUUUCUUCUCUCUUGUUGUACAUUUGAUUCAUUACUUUUUAUUUUAUUUUUGUUACUCUUAUUGGAAGUAGCAAACAAAGCCUUGCUAGUUUGUAAUCAAAUUACUAAUUAUCCUUUUAUGUUUCUUGCAUACAUGAGGAUUGUUAAGACAUUGUCCAGGAUGGAAUGUUGAAUAUACCGUACAUGUUGAUGAAUCUCUUAAUAUUAAGUUUAUUUAUCAACUUCAUGGUAUAGA